AUCGUGUCUAUCGAGAAACCCAGCCGCCCAUCGUGGUUGAUCUCCGAACUGGGUUGGGUUUGAUGAGAGAGAGAGAGAGAGAGAGACAGAGCGGGGGGCAAAGAGUCGACCCAAAUACCUCAGAUCGGUGCAAAAAAGUUUCGACUUGUACCAAUUUCCUUCACAGAUCCUUGUAAAAAAGGAGGUUUGGCUUCUUUUCGUUGCCGUUGUUGUUGUUGUUGUCGUCGUCGUCGUCGUCUGUAUAUCUAAUAUCUAUGUUUUUUACGUGAAAAAUCAAGAUGAAAGACAGAGUCAACCAAGCCACAUCUUUUGUUUUCAUAUUGAGUUCUGAUAUUUGGAGGAAUCGUUGGGACGAUGAUUCGAGAUCGGGAUCGGCUUUGGCUUCGGCAGCGAACAAGGAGAGUUUUUUUGGGAUCUCACUGUGAUUAUCCCUCCCCAUCUCUGAUUGAAUCGAACAACUUUUUGGCGAAAUCGUUCAAUGAUAGAUCUUUGCGAACAUCAUUAAUACAGAAAAUUGUUCUCUACUUUGUGAUAUAAAUUGGGACUUUUUUUGCGGGUUCUCAACUCGUGCGUCUCUCGAUUGUGAUAAAGAAAAUUUGGGGGUUUUCGAUUGCGGUUUGAAUUCUGAUUUUACUGGUCUGAAUGAGCUUUUGCUCGAUUGUGAUACAAAUUUGGGAUUUAUGUUUGCCGGUUGAGUUCUGCUUUUACUAGUCCGAACUCUCUCAACUAAUGCUUUUCUUGAAACUAGAAAAGCACACAAACUCAUGGUAGUUGUAACAUCUACUCGGUCAUCUCAUUGAAACUAGAACACCCUUUCUUCCGAACAACACUGUUACAGCAAAUUGUUCUUAACCUUUGUGAUAAAAAUUGGGACUUUUUGUUUGCCGGUUCUCAACAAUAAUUGGUGGGUUUUUGUUUGCCGUUUGAGUUCUGAUUUUACUGGUCUGAAUGAGCUUUGCUUGGUUGUGAUAUAAAUUUGGGAUUUAUGAGUUCUGAUUUUACCAGUCCGAACUCUCUCAACUAGUGUUUUGCUUGAUUUGGGUAAAAAUUGGAGAUUUUUGUUUGCGGGGCUGAGUUUUUGAUUUUACUGCUUUGAAUUUUCUCUCUUGGAUUUGCAGGUGGGCAAUUUGGUUCUUUUGGGCUAUAUAAGUGUGCUUGAUUGACGGUGAGAAUCUGAUUGGGCUUUGAGGUUGACGGUGGUUGGGCUGUUGGUGGGUUGGAGGUAGAGGAGAAGGUGAAAUAAAAAAGAAGAAGAAGAGUUUAUUAACAUGUUUGCUUGUUUGUGUUUUAUGAUAAACUUUAUCAAAACAUGUUUUUCGCUUUCAUUUUUAACGGAAAUAAACAUAAUCACGUUUUAACAGUUUCUCAUCAACAAAAUACACAAAGAGGUUACCUAAUGCACCCUAAGUUGGUUCUCUUUCCUUCUGGCCGGGGGUGGGAAUUUGUUGCUAUAAGCUUUUAUGCACCUACCUAUUGAAAUGCGAUCACCGAUUUUGAUGAACUGUAAUAAAAAAAUGGAAUUGGAAAAUAAUAGGAAAGCACUGUAAAAGUAAAUAGGAACUAUUAAAUGGACCUCCUUCCGUGAUCCAAAUAUUCAAAUAAUUGGAUUGUUCUAUUGCUUUUCCGAAAAUUGUUGUAGUCAAAUAUGACAGAGUAAGUUGGUUGUGAAUUUGUCAUCUUUAUUGACGUUUUUCAAUUACCUUUUUUGUUAAAACAAGCCAGUGUACUCCGCUGUGGUUCAAUAACCUUGAUCGUGGAGGCUGAAGGUCGGCUCAAUUGAAGGAGAUGGAGUGCCUAAUGAAGCUGUGCCCCGCUCUCUUACGACUUCAACCUCCGGCUGCCACUGUGGCCCUCAGCAGAGGAGGCCUAUGAUCAGAUCAUGAUCAUUUGGGACAAGGCUGAAGUAAUCAAGGUCAGCGACAAUGCACUUGAACAUCUUGCAGUUCCUUGUGGUGACAAGGGAUGCAGAUAUUGUACUAAGAUGCUGAGAUGGGGUAAACAGAGGCAUUCGGCGUUCGCUUUCCAGGCAGAGAUCGACCAACUUCUAAGCCUUAACAUCAACACUUUCUGCUACACCGUCAUGCUGGAGGAGAUCGUGAUGAUGAUUUCCGAUGGCAACUCCCACAUCGAUCUGAAUGCUGUGUGGGACGUAAGAGCUUUCCUUAAAGCUUUCCCCUCUCCUCUUACCUCUUUGUGAACGACGUGGAAAAGGGGAUCGGGGAUCCCCUCUCCUCUUUAGAGCUCACUUCUGGGAAGUUUACAUUGCAUCCUAUAUGCCAAUAUCUGGGUGUUAACUAUAUUUGCAUUGCUGAUGGUCUUUUUACCCUCUGCUCUUCCCAUCGAAGGUGGAAGCAGUUGCUUGCCGAGAAGCAAUUCAAUGGGCACAGCAGAACAAUGCAAUCCACCAUUCGUCUCCAAAUUAGAAUCAUCCAUCCAACCGGUUGUCGUAGAGAUUGAAUCGUUACUUAUUUAAUUACUUCCAAACUGUAUUCACUACUAAAGUUGAUUGUUGUAAUGUUAAACCUUCCCAAUUCCCAUAUAUUGGUCGUAGGGCCUUGCGAAGCUUGUGAUA